AUGACUCACAUCUCACCGCCACCCUUCAGCCUUGAAUCAUUUUUCGGCGACCAUUCGAAGAAAAUAUAUGCGGUCGUAAUUGGCAUUGGCGGUUAUGACAACCAAAAUGUUCUCCAGUUGUCAGGCUGCGUCAAUGACGCGAUCGAUGUUUGGGAGUGGUUGACCAAAGAUUUGAAGGUUCCCUCAGAUCAGAUCAACACAUUGAUUUCGCAAAACCCCAACACUGCUGUGACGAUUCCUCCAGGAUUGAAUUACGGCAAGCCAACAAGACAAAAUAUCGACGAUGCAUUUGAUUGGAUCAAAGGCAAAGCUACCCAGUCCGACACUGUCUUUAUACAUUACUCUGGACAUGGACAUCGAACUCGGACGAUAUAUGACCAUAAGAGGCCUGGAUUUGACGAGAUGCUAGUUCCGAUGGAUCAUCCAAACGGAAAAUUCCUACGCGACGUUGAGUUUGGAAAGUUCUUGGACGAAUUGGGUACAGAAGUGCAACACGUGUUCGCUGUAUUAGACUACUGUCACUCUGGAGGUGCCACCCGUGGGGACGAUUUCGAGGACGAGGACGACGAAGACGACGAGGACGACGAGGACGACGAGGACGACGAUGACGACGAUGAGGGAGACGAAGAAGAUGAUAAAGAGGAUGUCAACGAAGAGCGAGGUGCGAUCCGUUUUUUGGCAGGAGACGAGUCUGAAGAAGAUCAAGGCAUGAGCGACACUUCUGCUGACGACGACCAUGACAAAGCUGGAGUGGACGUGUCAACCAAGACCUCAUGGCAGUUCCAGUCCGAGGCUUAUAUCUUACUAGCAGCUGCUCAGCCUAACGAGUAUGCCCGUGAGACUGGGAAAGUUGGAGCAAACAGAAGGCUGACGCGCAACCUUCUCGAACAACUAAGGAUCAUCGAGAAGACUGGCCGCUCAAUCACUUACCGCUUACUCUUACACAUCAUCCGCGGGGCUUUUAGGCAAAAGGGAUAUAAAUGGCAGAACCCGAUGCUGUAUGGAAAUGGUAAUCAAUUCCUUUUCCAAAACAAGUGUUCAUCGUUGGACUACGAUGGUACCAUUACCAAGCAUUCCAAGAAUGGAUCCGUGUUCCUUGAUGUCGAGGCAGCACACGGCGUUGCUAGGCACGAUGAGUACGAAAUAUAUGACCUCGGUUCAUCGACAGUUACCGAUACCAAAGUCAUUGGGAAGCUGAAAGUUACUGACGUACAAAGAUUGCAUUCGAAUGCAGAUAUCUUAGGCAAGAUCAACGUCAAUAUCGUGGGGUGCAAGUCAGCCAGGAAGGCUAUCGACGCCCUGCGGAAGAACUGGAGAUCCUCGGCGAAUAUAGUCCUCCCUAAGUUUUUGGGUGAUACCCAAGGCACCCAGAACACUCAACAGGAUCGAAAUCUUGGUUUCGAGAUUGACAUCGAAAGCACACCGAAUGGCGAAGAAUACAUUCUCAAAGAUGCAUAUGGGAAGCGACUUCCUCAUAACCCCUCACUCCCGGUUGGAGGAGACGAAGAAGCUCAGAAAGUGAAGGAUGUGCUGCAGCAUAUCAUGCAAUUCACCGCCAUGAAGCUCCUGAAGAACCCAACGUCUCGUCUACCCUACAGAAAAUUUGAGUUCGGUCUUAUAAACCAAAACAAGGAUCCAGCCACUGGUACUCAUACCGUGCAACGUGGAGACGUGGUAACCAUACGCAUAAAAAAUUGUUAUCCGAAACCACCGCGCUUCCCCAGGGUUCCAAAAAACACGAACUCUCUAUAUGCGUAUGUCUUCAACCUUACUCCAAAAUAUGGUGUCAUUCAACUGCGCAAAGACCCUCCCAGCGAGGAUUCCUAA